CUGGGAGCCCUGCCCAGGUGUGUCUGACAUGUUGCCUAAGGCCCAGAGCUCUGCCAGACCAGCCCCAGGUCAGUGUCCUGGGGCCCUAGGGUGUGGACGGUGCUUCCAGGCAGUGCUGGCAGACAUUAGGGCUGCCUGGGGAGCCUAGCAGAGCCCUGCCUCUCCUGCAGCCCAGGGUGGCCGGGAGUGGUGGUCACUCCUAUCCCGCCUGUGGAGUGACCAUCCCAGAGCCUCCCUCAGGCGCAAGCACGGGCUCUGGGGAGGCAGCGGGGCCAGGCCCCACCCACCUGUUUCCUCUGAGCCUUCCUGAGUGCUAUUUUGGGCUCUCACGACAGUAACUGAUGGCUGGUGGAAAGGCAUAAAAGCAGCCUCCAGGCCUUGAGGCUCACUAGACAGCUCCAUCCAGUAGGCGGUGACCCACCGUCCUCACGGCAUCCUCACUCAAUGUGGGCACCAGGCUCUGGUUGCGGGAGCCCGUUCCUCUGCCCUGAGCUUCCCGGGGACUGACCUUGCUUGUCCAGCAGCCCUGCUACCCCCAGGCCCUCUCAGCUACAGGUAGCUGCUUCCUGGCAUCCAGAAGCCAUGAGGUCCCGGCUGCUGCUUUCAGAGGCCCACCUGCCCACAAUUCGGGAGACCUCGGAGGAGAUGCUGCCUGUGGGGACUGGGCAGGAACCCCCGGCCUCCCCCAGCCUGGAUGACUACGUCAGGUCCAUCUGUCAGCUGGCACAGUCCACCUCAGUGCUGGGUGUGCCCACAGCCAGGGGCCCAUGCAGGUCCCUAGAGGACAUCACCACCUACCUCAGGGGCCAGCAGCCUGCACUGCAUGGGGCUGGUACUUCUGACCCCCUGCACUGCCUGUUCGGGGAGUCCCAGGGAAGGUGGCCAAGUAGGAGGGAACUGCCCAGGACGACUGGCCCCUCUGCUGAGUCCAGGGGCCCAUGUGGACAGAUGGACAGUAGCAAGGCUGGGGAGGCCUCCAGAGGGAGGCUCUGUGAUGCCAGAUCAUCCAGGCACUUUCUGGCAAGACCAUCGAGGGAAUGGCACCAGGGCUCCCUGACUCCCAGGCAGACUGGCCGGGCUGCAGUCUCCCCCACAAGGUCCUGCCCCAGCAGCAUCCUCAGAACUCUCUACCUGCACCUCCCAGUGAUCCAUGAACUCUGACACCUCCCCAGUAGAGCAUGCUGCUCUGGUGCUGCCCCGCAGGUCUCCGGUUCAUGGCAGCAGCCUGCCUCCACAGCGAUCCCAUGUGCACUGCUCCCUACAGGCUGACCGUCUUGGCGAGCUGCAUAAUGCCUCUAUCCCCGGUGUUUUCAUGAGUCAGGGGUUCUGACUUCUAGGCUGUUCUGACAAAUAACUGGGAUAAAAUCCACAUA